AUGCCUCGCCAUCAAGGCACGCACCACUGUUACCUAAGCAGUCAACUCCAAGGCUCGCGAUUCACUGUGCUUUCUCGGAGCAUCGAGCCGCAUCUCGACGAGCGACACCGAUUGCCCCUCGAAACCCCGCGAACCACGUCGUCCGACCGAUCCAACUACCUCGAACACCCCCCCCCGAGUACGCCUCGGAACCAACUCAAGAUGGCGGGCCACCACCACAGCGAACCAGAGCUGGCCCUUGACCCGGCCUUGGUCAAGCUGGGACACAUGCAGAGCAACCGACACAUCUUCUUCCGCUGGACCCCGAGAACAGCCCGCGUGACCCUCAUGUACGCCGUCGUCGUGCCGGUUAUUGUUGGUUACAUUGGCUACAAGACUGAUGGCCUCUGGGACCUCCGCGCGAAGCGCAAGGGCGACCUCGUCUACGAGCGGUAG